GCAGAGAUCAGCCAGGGACGGAGAAGCCUAGCUACCAUACAAAGUACGAGUAUCAAGAUCAAGGUGUAGAAUACUAGACAUGAAGCCUUUCUUGGCUGUUCUUGUUCUCGUCUCUUUUCUCUCGUUUGUUGAGCUCAGGGAUGCAAGAAAGGAGCCAAGGGAAUAUUACUGGAAGAGCAUGACGAAGGAUCAGCCUAUGCCGGAAGCAAUCAAGGACCUUUUCGUUCAAGAUCCUGCCGGUGCUGGCAAACUGAACCAUUUUGUCAAGGAUUUCGAUACGAGGCACAGCGCCAUCAUAUAUCACAGUCAUGACGAGAAGGACAAGCUGAAAGAAACGAAUCCUACGAAUGCUCGGGAUCACGAGGAAGACAAGGCAUAUGCGCCAUGAGGAGAGAAAACUUGUGAUCAAGACCUGUCACUUGUGUUUGUCGAGCAUCAAGGAGUGCUGUGCUUUUAACUGGUUGAUUAGUGUGUACAAGUGUGGCUAUGUUAUUAAAUUAAAGAUGCGCUCAUAAAAUUAGGCGCAAGUCGGUAGCUAUAUGAAGGGGGUUCAGAAACCUUUACUACAAUAAAAAGAGACGAUCAUAUCUCUUAAGAAAUGAUCAAUUAAAUA